AUGACGACUUCUUCGUCGCGUCGGGACUCGUCCCCGACGCUGUCAAAGCAUCGUUCAAGACGAUCCUCGAAACCGAAGCCCAAGUUGCCCAAGCAGCAGCUCUUCAUUCUUGCCGUCGCUCGAUUCGCGGAGCCCCUCGCUCUACUAUCCGUGUUUCCUUACCUCCCGGAGAUGAUCAAGGGGUUUGGCGUUCCCGACAAUGACGUUGCGUACUGGGCUGGAAUCACCUCCGCCGUUUUCUCCUUCGCUCAGAGCCUCACCGCUGUGCCGUGGGGAAGGGCAUCCGAUAAUAUUGGGCGAAAGCCUACCAUCAUCAUCGGUUUAUUCAGCACCAUGAUUUGCUUCCUAAUAUGGGGCAUCGUCGACAGCCUACCCAUGGCCAUCUUUGUCCGCGCCAUCCAAGGAGGUGGUAACGGAAACGUCGGCAUUCUAAGAACCAUGGUUGCGGAAAUGGUCCCCGAGAGAGAACUCCAACCCGUAGCCUUCUCCAUCAUGCCCCUCGUAUGGUCAAUAGGCUCCGUCUUCGGCCCCGCUUUCGGAGGCUUCUUCGCCAACCCGGCCAAGCGAUUCCCCGCGCUAUUCGGUGGCCAUUCCUUCUGGGAGAAAUAUCCCUUCGCCCUGCCAAACUUCCUCGCCGCCAUCGUAUUCCUGUUCUCCAUGACCAUCGCCACCCUGUUUCUCAAGGAAACUCUUGAGCAUAGACGCCACCACGAGGACUGGGGCCUGAAACUCGGCAAGAGGCUCUCGCGGGCUAUUAAGGGACGGCGCCAACGGCGGGCCUCCUUUGUCGACGGGGAGGCCACGGCCCCGCUUGUUCCCGCACAUCACCAUAAGCACGGUCCUGCCCACGUGGGGAAAUUCCGCCCGGGUAUGAAGGAGGUGUUUACGACGCAGUCGAGCAUCGGAUUGCUCUGCUAUACGUUUUUAGCUCUGCAUUCGGUGGCGUAUGAUCAGGUCCUGCCCGUGUUCCUCAACUAUCCUCCUGUGGAGUACACGCCGGAGAACACGAGGCUGCCUUUCUUCUUCACCGGUGGGUUCGGCAUUGAAUCCAAUACCAUCGGAACCAUCUUCACGGUCUAUGGUGUCGCUUGCGGCUUUAUCCAGUUUGUUAUCUUCCCUCCUCUUUGCAAGAAGUUUGGUGCUCUGCGGUGUUUCCGUGCUUGCUGCCUUCUCUUCCCCGUAGUCUACAUCUUCACCCCCUUCACCGUCCUGAUCUCCAACCCCCACCUCCGCUACACCGCCCUCCUCACCAUCAUGUGCUUCAAAGCCUUCGCCGUCAUCAUCGGCUUCCCCUGCAUGACCAUCCUCCUCACAAACUCCUGCUCCUCCCUCUCCAUCCUCGGCACCCUCAACGGCUUCGCCACGACCUUCAGCGCCAUCGGCCGCGCCAUCGGUCCCGCCUUCGCCGGCGCCGCCUUCUCCUGGGGCGUUGCUCGCGGAUACGUAUCUGCUUCGUGGUGGCUGCUCACCGUCAUUGCGCUGGUCGGGGCCAUUCCCGCUUGGUAUCUCGUUGAGGGGGAUGGGCCGAGUCGGUCGAGUGAGUGUAGUGAUGACGAGGAGGAAGAUGAGGAUUCCAGUGCCACGGCUACCGAGGUGCUUGGGAGUGAUGAGGAGGAGUCGGCUUAUGUGGCGGAUUAUGACGCGGGGGAUGUUGGGGAGAAUGAUGAUGUUUUGCCGCUUUUGAAGCAUGAGGAGCGUGGUGGUAGUCCCUAUCGCUCUACCCACUGA